CUUGACGACGUGGUGUUUGGAGUCCGACGAAGGAAGGGUCGAGAAGUUGCCCACCACCACCACCUCAUCAAUCAGCGAAAGUGAAAGCGACCCGACAAAGCAAAAGCUCUCGCGUUCACCCGUCGCUCGCACGACUCACCCUGUGAAUUGAUUCCGCAGAACUGCGGAAAAGCUCCCGAAACCCAUGCUCAAGAACCCGACAUUAGCGAGCCCCCCCCCCGCACUCUCUCCGCACACCCAUGUUCUCUUUUUCUUGUAUAGACCAAGCCCCACUUUGCCUAACACCCUCGACCUCUAUAUUUGACCCGAAACCAUGGCAUCUGCGUGAGCGCUGUGCAAAGUUCUCUUCUUUCCGCUGAAUCUGGCGCGGUUUAGUACGUUAAGAGUACCGGAUCAUCGGCCCAGGAAGGUGGUUCUGGUGCGUUGUUUGCGUAGUUGGAUCUGUGCUAGUGUCUGGUUAUAGAGAAAACAGGGGUUUGUUUGUUGAAGCUGGAGGGACGGAGAUUUAUAGGUAAUUACCGGAAAAUGAAUUCAGUGGAGUUUCGCCGUUGCGCGGGGUGUUUGCGGAUCUGAUAUCUUGCUGAAGAACUUGGGUACAAGUGAUUUGCAGAUAUGCAAGCAAGGGCGGUAUUAUCAGAGGAAGGCAAGGAUCUUCCUGGGCCGAAUCGGACGAACCAAACGAAGGCUUUGCCUCUAAGAUUGCUUCAGUUAUUUGUGCCUUUUGUGUUAGUGUGUAUUGCAUUUUCAGUCAUUAGCAUAUACACUAUUCGGCGUUUUGGGAUUCAAAGCAUGGUUACAACUGCUAAGUCCGGUUUUCAGCCGUGCUAUGAAGAAGCCAAUAGUUUAGACCGUUGGAUUCGGCCUCCGUCGGAUCUUCUUCAUAAUAUGUCUGAUAAAGAACUGUUUUGGAGAGCAACCCUUGCUCCUAAAAUCAAGAAGUAUCCAUUCAAAAGAGUUCCGAAAAUUGCUUUCAUGUUCUUGACCAAGGGUCCAUUGCCGCUGGCUCCUCUUUGGGAGAGGUUCUUCAAGGGCCACGAGGGGCUUUAUUCGAUCUAUAUUCAUUCCCAUCCAUCAUUCCAUGCCCACUUUCGUCCUUCGUCGGCAUUUAACAAGAGACAAAUCCCAAGUCAGGUGUCUGAGUGGGGCAGGAUGAGCAUGUGUGAUGCGGAGAGAAGACUCGUAGCCAACGCAUUGCUAGACAUAUCCAAUGAGCGGUUCAUUCUUCUUUCUGAAUCAUGCAUUCCGCUGUAUAACUUCAGCCUCAUCUAUCACUACACUAUGAAGUCCCGAUAUAGCUUCAUGGGUGCAUUUGAUGAUCCCGGACCAUACGGGAGAGGACGAUACAAUGAGAAUAUGGCCCCCGAAGUGAACAUCUCCCAAUGGCGUAAAGGAUCGCAAUGGUUCGAAAUCAACCGAAAGCUCGCUAUAAACAUUGUGGAAGAUGCUACUUAUUACCCGAAAUUUGAGAGUUUCUGUAGGCCAGCGUGCUAUGUUGACGAGCACUAUUUCCCUACAAUGCUGACCAUCGAAGCAGGAAAUCUCUUGGCCAAUAGAAGUAUCACGUGGGUGGACUGGUCGAGAGGCGGCGCUCACCCUGCCACGUUCGGAAGGUCUGAUAUUACAGAAGAAUUUUUGCAGAAAAUAAACAAGGACCGUCACUGCACCUACAAUAACCGAAACUCUUUAAUGUGUUUUCUUUUCGCAAGAAAGUUCGCUCCGAGUGCAUUGUAUCCUCUCCUAGAAUUAGCUCCAAAAGUUCUUGGCUAUUAAUAGAUGCCAAACGAGGAAUGCAUUUCAAAAUUGCCUUUAUACAUUCAAUGUGUUGGGUGGUGCUCGAAAUCGCUCGGGUUCCUAAUUUGCUUUCAUCCUUUGUACAUGAGGCAUAAUCAGAGGCACCGCCCAGACAAUAUAUUCUUGAUGUACAGAGAGGGGAAGCUGCUAGCUUGUAGUUUUGGUUUCAUAUUGAGAUUUGUGCUAAAAAUUGAGAGUUAUUGUUUCAAGAAUUGCUUCUUCUGCACCAUCCUGCUUCUGCAGGUAUUGAGUCA